AUGGGGCUUGAGCUCAAGGAACGUAAAGCUGCAGGAGAAGAUGUUGCAUAUUCCUUGGAGCUGUUCUCAACUGCAACAUUACUUGAGACGCCCCAAGCAGUUGUACAACUGCACGAAGACUACAUCAAAGCAGGUGCCACAGUGAUUACAACUGCCUCGUACGCAGUGACCCGGUUCUACUUGGACAAAGUUGGUCAGGCACGUCGUGUGAAGGAACUCAACCAGUUGUGUGUUGCUUUGGCAAGGAAGGCCAUCGCCGCAACAGACAGCGCCUCGAGUGUUUUGGUCGCUGGUUGUGUGCCACCACUGUCAGAAAGCUAUCGCGCAGACCUUGUGCCGCAUGAUGGUCAAUUGAAGGAACAAUACGCAGAGAUCAUCGACUCAUUGACGGGAUCAGACAUUUUCCUUUGUGAGACCAUGUCGUCCAUGCGUGAGGCUGCAGUGUCCGUGCCGAUGUGCGUUGCGACGGGAACACCAACAUGGGCAUCAUUCACUCUGAAGCAUGACAAGGAGGACCGCUUAUGCAUCCCUGAUGGCACCGAUGUGGAAACAGUUGUCAAAAAGACCGUGGCGAUGGGUGUCGACGCCGUGCUUUUCAAUUGCUGCGCGCCCGAGCUGAUCUCAGAGGCACUACCCAAAGCUUCAGCUGCCCUAAACGGAGCUUCGUAUGUCAGGCUCGGAGGAUAUGGCAAUGCUUGGGAGGAAUGUGACCGUGACCACUGGACAAUUGAUCAAAACGAAUCGCAUGUGGGUGCCAAUGACCACGGGACGCAUGGCAUGGUGGUAAGGGACCUUCGUGAGGAACACUACGUGGAGCAAGUUCAGGAAUGGCUGCAGAGUGGGGCGAGCAUAGUUGGAGGUUGCUGCGGCAUCUCACCAUCCCAUAUUCGAGCCAUCUACCAGGACAUGAACCCACAGCAUGCCAAUGAGCAUGAGCACCAGUGA